AUGCUUUCCUGGUCAUUCAACACUGUGCUAGGGGACAUUGGACUGCAGCGUUUAGAAACUCAUGGAUGGCAUGUCCUGUCUACUACUGUGGUGACACAAAUUGUAUUCAUGUUGGGAUGUUAUUUUUCAGCUCCCAUCUCUCACUAUGCCAAACUCUCUCCAUCCAAAAAGGCUUCAUGGGGAAUGCAUAUAGUAUCCAUGAUCUUUUCAUUGCUGAUCUGCACUAUUGCGGUUCCAGUCUUUUUUACUCCGGAACUUGCUGCCGAUAAACUGUUUGGGUACUCCUUCUAUGCCGGUGUCGUUUAUUCUAUUGCAUGCGGGUACUUUUUAUGGGAUAUUGCAGUUUCGAUCUUUUAUAUUCAAGAAACAGGGCUAGGAUUUGUAAUACAUGCUGUUGCGUGCUUCUCAGUCUUUAUGCUCUCUUUUGCAAGUAUUUUGCCACAAUGCUAUACAAAGCCAUUUUUGUAUUACUAUGGAAGUGUGUUUUUAAUGUUUGAAGCCAGUACCAUUUUUCUUAAUGUCCAUUGGUUUUGUGACAAAACUGGACUGACCGGCAGUCUAUUUCAGUGGGUGAAUGGCAUUAUUUUGCUUGGCUCAUUUUUCUCGGUUCGCAUAGUUUUUGGAAUAUAUCAAUCCGUUUUAUUUUUUGGUAUGUAUGGAACUUUUGUCACAUGCAUUCAAAGAUGGGAUGAGGUACCAACGCACCUGUUUGUUGUGUAUGCUAUAGCCAACAUCCUGCUUUGCUCUCUCAAUGUAUUUUGGUUUACACGCAUGAUCAAAUCUGUGGUUAGUAGAUUCAAGGGAGGAUCCAAUGCUCAGGAAGAUGAUGGAUAUGGUAAAUUGAACAAGAAAGCCAAGACAAAUACUGCUGGAGCAACCAAAAAACAUGACUGA